AUGGAGGAUAAGGAGGAAGAGCAGGAGAAGGAGCUGGAGGAGGAGGAGGAGAAGCAUGGGGAGGAGCAAGUGGAGGAGGAGAAGGGGGUGGAGCUGGAGGAGGAGAUAGUGGAGGAGGAGAAAAAGGAGGAGAAGGGAGAGGAAGUGCAGGAGGAGGAGUGGGAGGAGGAGUUGGAGUCCAACCCCAACAUCGUCAGCGCCAGCCUUCAGGUGACCCACAACAACCAAGCAAUUCACCAGCAGAAGGAGCAGCUCAAGGGACCCUUGCAUAGACCCUUCAACUUUGCACCAUACCUGGAGGCUGUUGAUUGUAACCACAGAGUUGUGGUCUGGAACCUCAUUGAGCACUGGCAGUGGGAGAAUGUCUACGAAGUUCUGCCAGCAGCUGCAGGGAUGGAACUCAGCUGGAUCAUCCUUGACUGCAUCUCUGGCUUUGAGAACUACAUCAACUUGGCAGGCUCAGUUGUCCUGAAUGCUUUUGAGAAGGCCCUGAACUACUACACCCUUGGCCAAAACCCACUCUUCCAGAUCAUUCUUAUCAAGGAACUCAAUUGCCUCGUUCCAGAGGGUCAGGUGUUCAUCUCCCUUGACAACCUCAACUCUGCCAUGGAGGCUGACUGCUGCUGUGAAGAUCCUGAGGAGCUUUGCCACAUCUGGGACUGGAUCUGUGUUGUGGAAUACAUUGUGCUGUGUGGUAAAAACAUUGAGAUUGAGCAGCCUCACAGCAUCACCUCUGAAGUUGACACGUUCUGCAAGCACCUGUUCCAGUCAAAACUUCUCAGUGAUGAGGCAGUGGAGACCUCUCCUCACCAGUUAUGA